AGGAGGGGACAAGGGGGACGUGGCAGGAGGGAAAGAGGGGCAGGAAAAUUGUCCCAUCCCGGGACGGGGGACAGGAAAAUUGUCCCCAUCCCGGGACGGGGGACAGGAAAUUGCCCCGCGGUGGGGCAGGAGAGGCCGGAGCCCUCCCCGGGCAGCCCCUCCAGCCCCGGUGGGUCCCGGCGCGAAGUCCCCGCAGUCCCGGAAAUCCCCGGGGGCGGGACGGCAACGGGCCGGGAUAAAAGCGGCGGCGCCCCGAGCGGGACGGGCCGGGACGCGGCGGGAGGGCAGACAAACAGACGGAGAAACAGAGGGACGGACACAGGGACGGGGGGUGCGGUGCGCACCUAGAGCCAAGCCCGAGACCCCGACCCGGACGGAGCGGGAACAACCCCGAGGGAACCAUCCCGGAGAGCCCGAACCGAAACUUCCCGGGGAGCCCGAACCGACCCACCCGGAGAGCCCGAACCGACCCUUCCCGGGGAGCCCGAACCGACCCACCCGGAGAGCCCGAACCGAAACUUCCCGGGGAGCCCGACCGACCCACCCGGAGAGCCCGAACCGAAACUUCCCAGGGCCGGACCCGCACCGGAUCCAACCCAGAGACCCUGAACCCCCCGACCCCCAGCGCUCCCCGCCCCCGGUGUUCCCGGCGCAUCCCGGCGCUCCCGCGGGACCGGGAGCCGGCGUGGCCCCCGCAGGACCGGGAGCCGCCGUCCCCGCCGGGAUGGUGGCCCCCGCGCUGCUGGCGCUGGCCCUGGGCGCCCUGGGUGUGGUGGCAGUGCCCCCCGAGGGUCCCCUCGUGUCCCUGUCAGCCCCGGAGCCGAAGCCAAAGGAGCCGUUCAACGUCACCUGCAGCGUGGGACGCGCCGUCCCCGUCACCAACAUCACCAUCACCGCCAGCAACCGCACCUGGCCUGUGACACCGAGCCAGGACGGCCACCAGGCCACCGCCACGGUCACCGUCACCAAGGAGGGCAGUGUCCAGCUGGGCUGCACCGUCCACGUGGGCAGCAGGAAGGUCCAGACCAGCACCACCAUCCAGGCCUACAAUGUCCCCAUGCCGCUGCUGGACGUCACCAACACCACCAUGGCUGGCAUGGAACUGGAGGGAAACUGCUCCCUGCCGGCCGAUGCCUUCAGUGACAUCCAGGUGAAGGCGCAGGCCCGUAACAGAGACCUGGGGGAUUUUCAGAAGCCCCCGGUGCCCUUCAGCGUGCAGGUGCGGGAGGAGGACGCGGAGCGGGGGCUGGAGGUGACCUGCGUGGCCGAGAUGAAGCCCUUCACCCCGAGGAAAAAAUCCCAGCGGAUCCGUGUGCUGGUCAAACCACGUCUGGACAUCGAGCGCUGCCCCCCGCAGCAGAACUGGACGGAGGGGCAGGAGGGGAUCCUGACCUGCAAAGCCACGGGCACACCUGAGCCGCAGGUGAGGUGUUCCAAGGACGGGAACUCCCUCGAGCCCGGGAUGGCGCAUCCCGCCGACCGCGCCCACGCCGGGACCUACCUGUGCCGGGCCACCAGCGAGCUGGGGACGGCCGAGCGCAACGUCACCGUCUGGGUGCAGUACGACGACUCGUUCCCGCUGCUCCCGGUGCUCCUGGGGGCGCUGCUGCCGGCAGCCGCCCUCCUGGGCCUGAUCGCUUUCCUCCUCUACCGCUACAACACCAAAAUCGGCGAGUACUGGCUCUGGAAGCGGCAGCCGCCGCCGGACGCGCAGCCCCUGCGGUCCCCGGGCAGCUCCGCGGCGGCUGCGGCCGCUCCCAACGGAUCCGCGGCCCCGUAGGCGGGGAGAGGCCGUGGAGCGGCCGGGAGCCCUGCCCGUCCCUCCGCCGCGGCCACCGAGGGGACAGCGACAGCGGGGACCGGCCAGAGCCCGCGCGGUGGAUGCGGCUCCCAGGCUGGGAUGGACUGGGAUGGACUGGGAUGGACUGGGAUGGCGAGAUCCGGCCGGGCCCCGGCGAGGAUCUCCGGGGUUCGCUCCAGAUUUUAUCCCUCGAGUGUUUUUUGGGGUGGAUUUGGUGACUUGGGAGGUCUCGGAGCUCAGGGCGGAGCGUCCGGGUUGAAUCGCCGGGAUUUCGGUGCUGGCGGGAGGACAAGGAGCAGGAGGGAGGGGACAGAGAGGCGACAGUGACACGUCCCACCAAUAAACGCUGCAGGUGACAUCCA